UUAUUCAGAAGUUGUUGAUGCGGUACUGUGUUCUCUGUGCAGGAUUUAUCUGAAAUAUCUGGACUUUUUUUUUUUGUGACCGUUAUUCUUCUGGUAACAUUUGUUUGAGUUCUUUAACAGUGUGACAGUGCACAACUGGAAGCUGAAACAAGGGAUAAUGAAGUUAGAGGUUCCAGAAAGCUUUGAAGAUGUUGCUGUUGAGUUUUCAAGAGAAGAGUGGAACCUGCUGAGUGAACAAGAAAAAUCAAUGCACAGGGAAGUCAUGGUACAGAACUACGAGAACAUGGUUUCUGUAGGAUAUAACAUCCCAGCAGAACGUCUUUAUUUAUUGAUUAAAAAAGACAGGACAGUUCCAUCUUCUGAGCCAGAAGGAGAAAUUAUGUUGCAGAAAAAUGAACUUCCAGAUGGCAACACUGGCAUUUGCAGGAAUGCACAUUUGAGUAAAUUUCAAAGUCAAAUGUCAUCCCACGGGAAAUGUCUUCAUUCUGAAUAUGGCAAAGCUUUACCAGAAAAUCUGUCUGUCAGAAAACAUGAGCCAUUGCAGACUGGAAACAAACAUAACAUUGUGGAAAGCAGUGAGGAAAUUAUUAGGAAAAUGGAAAUGCAUGUUGAAAUUGGAGAAGACAAGUCAUGCCUACGGCUUAAAUGUUGCAGCAGUACAUCCACUACUCAUAGAGAGCUACCAGUUCAGGGCAAGAAGAAAGAAGAGAAUCCCUUGACCAAACGCGAGAAAGCAAUCCGUAGAAAAAACACACGGAAGCGUCCCACAGAUAGCAAUGAGAACAGGCAUAAAGCCUACGCAUGUGAGAUAUGUGGUAAGGGUUUUGCACAGAAAGCAAACCUAGUGCAGCAUCACUAUAUCCACAAUGAAGAAAAACCAUUUAAAUGUCCUGUAUGUGGCAAGGGCUUCGCACAGAAAGUCGGUAUGAUCCAGCACCAGAUGAUUCACACGGGGCAGAAGCCCUAUAAAUGCACUACAUGUGGCAAAGGUUUUAUACAGAAGGGUAACAUGAUGCGGCAUCAGUAUGCCCACACUGGGCAGAAACCCUAUAAGUGUCCCAUGUGUGACAAGAGUUUUAUGCAGAAAAGCAGUUUGGAAAGACACGAGUUAAUCCAUAGUGGGCAGACCCAAUAUAAAUGUGUUACCUGUGACAAGGGUUUUACAGACAGAGCAAGUCUAGCCCUGCACCAGAUUAUCCACCCUGAGCAGAAGCCUUAUAAAUGUACCACAUGUGAUAAGAAUUUUAGACACAAAAGUGCCCUGGUAAGUCAUCAGAUUAUUCACACGGGGCAGAAACCUUAUAAAUGCCCCUUGUGUGACAAGAGCUUUGUUCAGAAAGGCAGCAUGGUAAGACAUCAGGUAAUUCAUAAUGGUCAGGCACCAUAUCAGUGUGCUACAUGUAACAAGGGUUUUACGGAUAAGGUGGGGUUGGCAGUACAUCAGAACAGCCACACAGGGCUGAAACCCUAUAAAUGCAUCAUGUGUGACAAGAGUUUCAGAUACAAACACACUUUGGUAAGUCAUCAGAAGAUUCACACUGGUCUUAAACCAUAUAAAUGUACCAUGUGUGACAAGGAGUUUACUCAGAAGGGCAACAUGAUACAGCAUCAAUAUGCUCACACUAAGCAGAAACCCUAUAAGUGUACCGUGUGUGACAAGAGUUUUAGGCAUAAAAGAAGCAUACUAACGCAUCAGUUAGUCCACACUGGUGAGACACCAUAUAAAUGCAAUCUAUGUAGCAAGGGAUUUACAGAUAAAGUAGGCCUGGCAGUGCAUCUGUUUAUCCACACAGGGCAGAAACCGUAUAAAUGCACCGUGUGUGACAAGAGUUUUAGGUACAAGAACACUUUAGCAAGUCAUCAGAGCACCCACACGGGGGAGAAACCCUAUAAAUGUACCGUAUGUGACAAGGGUUUUACAGAUAAAAGAAAUAUGACUGUGCAUUUGAGUAGCCACACGGGAGUAAAACCCUUUAAAUGUAAUGCUUGUGACAAGUGUUUUCCCUCUAAAAGUCGAUUGACCGUGCAUCAGAUUACUCACGCCGGAGAGAAGCCAUUCAAAUGUGGCACAUGUGACAAGAGUUUUACACUUAAGUCCAGCUUGGAGAAGCAUCAGUAUGUCCAUACUGACCAAAAACCUUAUAAAUGUGACAUAUGUAAUAAGGGUUUUACACAUAAGGGAGAUGUGAUACAACACCAGUAUGCCCACAGCGGGCAGAAGCCCUAUAACUGCACCAUGUGUGACAGGAGUUUUAUAAAAAAAAGCAGUAUGGAAAAACAUCAGUUAAUCCACAAUGGACAGAUACCGUAUAAAUGUGCUAUAUGUGACAGGGGAUUUACAGAUAAGGGAAGCUUUGCACGGCAUCAGAUUAUCCAUACUGGGCACAAACCUUAUAAAUGUACAAUGUGUGACAAGACUUUUAGGCACAAAAGUAGUGUGGUUACUCAUCAGAAUAUCCACACAGGGCAGAAACCUUAUAAAUGCACCAUGUGUGACAAGAGUUUUAGUCAGAAAAGCCAAAUGGUAAAACAUCAGAUCAUUCACACUGGUCAGACGCCGUAUAAAUGUACUAUGUGUGACAAAGGUUUUAGGGACAAGACAAGUCUAACAGCACAUCAGAACAGACACAGUGGAUUCAGGCCAUAUAGAUGUCCCACAUGUGACAAAGGCUUUACAUGUAAAAGAAUUCUGAAAGCACACCAGACAAUUCACACUCGAAAAAAGUUAGCAUAGUUGCAUGCGUUUACUGAAGGAACGUUGCUGGCAUAUUGAGAGGACUGAGAAGUUUUCUUGUGUAUGUGGUGCAUUCAUCUCUGAAACUUCAUGCAACAGCAAUUCAUUGCUUGUUAAAAUUAGGAGUUAAAACGUACUGCAGCUUUAUACACUAACAUACAUAGCUGUGUUGUGGUAUUGAUGCAAAAGCCAACAGUCAUUUCGAUGAAAACUCAAUUAUGGCAGUAGAACAGAAGGGCAGUAAAGUGAACAGAAAAUGUGACUUGACUACCAGUAAUGGGAUUCUGGAAAAUGGAUCAGAACCUUAGUAUGACAUAUGCAUUAAAAACAAUUGACAGUAUUCCACAUUCUUGGAUCACAGAAUUUUUACAGAUGUAUAAAAUAUGUGAUACAUAGAUAAGAUGCAUUGCAGAUAGUAUGAAAAAAAUUGUAGAUUACAUUACAACAGAGGGAUAAAAAAUGUAUAUUACAUAAUCUGUGAUGUAUGAAUCCAACAAGGGGUAUUUCAGAGAUUUUUUUUACCACCACUGUUGAUUUUGCCUUGCCUCAACCCACUGAACUGUUGAUUUAACAGACUAGCCUAUGAAUGCAGUACAGUCUUGCCAAAUGGCGUAAAACUUCAUUUUAUAAAUGAUAUAAAACUGUAUAGCAUGCUUGGUAAACAGUUGCAAGUGCAAUUACAAAUGGUUUAUGUCUUUUUUAAUGAUAUAAGAAUGUCUUUUGACCUUCACAAAUGUAUGAAAGUAAGCCCCAAGCCAGGCGGUGUACUGUUUGGUUGGGAAGUUUCGGAUUUAUGAAAGAGACCAUGCACUCUCUAAAGGCAGCCAUAGUGAAACUCUCAUCCCUGAUCUACUCACCAGCCAUGGGCAUGGUUUGGGUUGAGCACAGAGGAGGUUAAGGCGAAUCUAGUACGUUCAGUGAGUGAAGAAAGGAGUUGUUGGCAGGUAAUUGUCAACAAAGGGAAUUAGAGAAAGAAACGAAAAUACUAACGUGGGUCUGGACUGAAAUAAGAAAGAAGUGAAAAAAGAGAAAGUAUAUACAUAACUGAGAACAGACGAAGGGUCAACAAUAUAAUGUAAACAAAUGAGAACAAAGCUUAUUAAGGAAUAUUUCAGAAUACUGAAAGUAAGAGUGAGAAUUGCCUUGAUGUCUAAUAAAGUUCAAAUUUUGAAUGA